AUGACUGUGCCAGCUACCGCCGUCUACUUCACUGCCUACGAUCAACUCAAGACCUUCCUCUGUGGGCAAGCCCUGACUUCUGACCUCUAUGCACCUAUGGUUGCUGGUGCACUGGCUCGCUUGGGCACUGUGACAGUGAUCAGUCCCCUGGAACUUGUACGGACAAAGCUGCAGGCUCAGCACGUAUCAUACCGUGAGCUAGGCACCUGUGUCCGGGCUGCAGUGGCUCAGGGUGGCUGGCGCUCAUUGUGGCUGGGCUGGGGCCCUACAGCCCUUCGAGAUGUACCCUUCUCAGCUCUGUACUGGUUCAACUAUGAGCUGGUGAAGAGAUGGCUGAAUGGGCCCAGACCAAAGGACCAGACAUCUGUGGGCAUCAGCUUCGUAGCUGGCGGCAUCUCAGGGACGGUGGCUGCUAUCUUGACUCUACCCUUUGAUGUGGUGAAGACGCAGCGGCAGGUAGCGCUGGGAGCUGUAGAGGCUUUAAGAGUGAAGCCCCCUCGCGUUGACUCCACCUGGCUGCUGCUUCGGAGGAUACGGGCAGAAUCAGGCACCAAGGGACUCUUCGCAGGCUUCCUCCCGAGGAUCAUCAAGGCUGCCCCCUCCUGUGCUAUCAUGAUCAGCACUUAUGAGUUUGGCAAAAGCUUCUUCCAGAGGCUCAACCGAGAAAAGCCUCUCGGCCAUUAAAUGGGGCUAGGAGAUGGACUCUAGCUCUUCCCGUGGAUCGGGGGCAGGAGGAGACUGAGUCAAGUGCCUUUUCCUCAGCACUCAGGGGACAGGCCUCGUUUCCCUUUUCUCCCAACCAAGAGCCCCAGGUAGGGCUGUCCCCCAACCCUGGGCCAUCCAGGCCUUCCUUAGACCCAGCUAGAUUCCUGUUGCUCCCCCUUUCCAGGAUCAUCACUUUCCCACCCCCAAGUUCAAGACCAGAUCUGUUCAUUGCCUGCCUCUUGUGUUUGCUUUGUGUUUGCUGUAGCUGGGCCUCCAGGAGCCAAGAAGCCCUGAGCUCAGUGUUUCCCUGCCUCUUCAUGCUGUCUAAAAAUGAUGAACUUC